UUCAGUCGAGUGUUAUUGGUUGUCCAGCUUGGUGCUGAUUGAAUACCAAGGAGAGAAAAAGAUAGGUUAGCCAGAGAAAUUCAGAGUCAUCUUUUAUACAGUUCUCGGUUAGCUAAAGAAAAGCGAUAUUUUGUGAGAAUAAAUCGUUAUUGCAACAUGACAUCUCACAAGGAAAACGAGAAUCUUGUUAUAUUAGGAAAUGAAUCGUCUCCUAAUGAUACGAUAGAAUUUAAUUCUACGAUCAAGCAACAUUUUGGACACCUUGGAAAAAUGCAUACCAUCAAAUUAUUGGAUUUAAAAAAAGAAAAUUACAAUGCAUCUGCUUUUAAUGUCGUUAUUGCCAUUUUUAUACAACCAUGCACCAACGAUGAGUUUUUAACGGAUACUCUGAAUUUGAAGCCUAAUGGCUCACUUGUCAUUUACGAACCAUUACCAGUGAAGAAAAAGUCAGAUACACAACUUACCUAUUCUGAAAGAAUAUCUAGAUUGAAGUUACAUGGCUUUAUAGUAAAAAAUAUAGAACGAAAUACAUUGGACCAAGAUUUAGAGAAAAAUCUUUUGUCGACUGUAUAUAGCAAUGCAGAAGAUAUUUGCAAAAUAUUAGCAAGUAAACCAUCAUUCGAGGUGGGUUCUAGUGUUCCUCUAUCAUUUACAAAAACAAAAAAUGUAUGGAAGGUAGAUGAUUUGAUAGAUGAAGAUGAACUUUUAGAUGAGUCAGAUCUUGUGAAACCAGAUGCAUCAGCAUUAAAAGUUUGUGCAACAACAGGCAAACGAAAAGCAUGUAAGGAUUGUACAUGUGGACUUGCAGAAGAAUUAAGUAACAACACCAUACAGAAAGGCACUGUUAAAUCCUCUUGUGGAAAUUGUUAUCUUGGAGAUGCAUUUAGAUGUGCUAGUUGUCCUUAUCUUGGAAUGCCCGCCUUUAAACCAGGAGAAAAAGUAGUUGUACCUGACAGUCAGUUAACUAUUGAUUCCUAAAUUCUACUUUUUCAUGGAUAUAAUGGCAUAUCUUUUCAUUUCAAUCAAGGGAAAUGAUU